ACCAUGCAGGGGUGGGUGCCCGAGCUGCACCUGAGCUUGGUGGAGCCCUCCAGUCAUCACCUACUUAAGUACCUCAACCAUAGGAACCACACCCUUGACAUAACCGUGCAACACGAGAGUGCGAAGCAGUUCACUAAACCCCAGGGUGGGGGGCCGUCCCAGCCACGCCCCCUCCCGACCAGCACCCUCCACCCCCCUACCCUCACCGUAUGCCUCUCCCCCGAGGGGGGGAGCGAUGACGUCAUCGCACUGGUGGAGGGACUUGCACCUGAAAACAAGCGGUUCAGCUCCCUGAGGCUGUCAGGAUGUCAUCUGGGUGAUGAUGAGGUGGUGAGUGUGGUGUGGGGGCUGCAGCAGCGGGGGGUGAGGACGACGGGGGGCACCACAGGCUACACCUGCGCUAGGUUUGACGACGGUAGGUGCGCGGUGUGUGGGGAGAAAGGCCACGACCCGCACCAGCGCUGCCUCACUCUCACCCUCAGCCCAAUCAAAUCUGAACCAAUAUCAUCCCUACUUCAGUCCCUUAGGAUAAAUUAGCAAACAGAUGGCUGUUUUCACGGCGUUCUUUCUAUAGCUAAUUGUCCUUUGAUUAUAACACCUUCUUUACAAUGGAUAUUUUGCUAACUAUGUACGAUUAGCCGGAACAAAGAUAAAGGAGUUGUCGUUCCGGAGCACCGCUAGCGCACCCACCUCAUUCCUCCGUGCGCCGUCGCAGUGCGAAGCUCACGCAUGCAAGCUUUACUGUCUUCAAGAACAAGUUUACUGUCUUCUUGCAAGCUCAGUUUCUUUAUAAGAAAUUUAUAUUUACCGAAAAAAUUCUAGAAUGAUGCGUUCUCUUAGCAAGCUACCAAGCAACGGCGAAGCUCAUUUCCAAAUGACUGAAAUCUUAAAGCUUACCGUAACCGUAAUGUAGUUAUCGUUUCGUCAAUAUUUCGGUAAUGAUGGCGUAAUUUGGCUUAAGGGAACUUUCGCACAGUAAUUAUCUUGAUUAAUAUCUGAGCUAAUUGUGGUCAUAACCUUAUGACGAGUUGCUGUUUACUUUUGGUGCCUCGGAUUUACGGAUACAAGAAUCGCUGCAAAUUUUUAAACGAGAACUUCAUCUUAACAACGGCCAUAAUUCUUGAGUGAUUGAAUGAUGAACCUAUUUAAAAAAACUGAAAAACCUAUUCGUUAGGUUUUUAAGUUGCUUGCCCGCUUAUCUGGCUAUUUAGGUUAUGAUUUCAUCUGUAGAAAUUAGUCUUUCUUAUGAUUAUGAGUGUAUUCGAGAUGCUUUGAACAAUGUCGAUUUGCGGGAGGUCUUUGCGACAAGUUUUUAAUGAAAAUAUGAUGAAUGUUAUAUGAAUUUUCUCUUCUAUUAUUCUUGACGUAGACUAUUUAGAUCGCACCACAACUUGAACAUAGAUAGGUACGGGAUACCGGACGCCCCAAAAACGCUCCAAGUCUAAUUAGGGUGCUUGUACACGGAGAUAGUACUAGCGGCUAGUAG